AUGGGAGAUGAACCGGACUGGGAGAGACGCGAUUACGUUCCAUCAGGCUUGAGCUUCGAACCAACCGUUCCUGUCGUCCACCACGUCCGAUCUCAAUCCGUGUGUUCCAAGACUUCUAGAUUGAGCCGCAGCAACGGAUAUUCCACGUCAGCUACCCCUACAUGUCUCGAACAGAUCGGUAUUACGGACGAUCUGCUGACCAAAAUAUCGGUGCGAGACCUGAACAAACGCCUACAUGGUCUGCCCAGAGACGAAAUCACCAGAGUGAAGCAAAAGCGGAGAACUCUGAAGAAUCGCGGAUACGCGCAGAAUUGCAGGACGAAGAGGCUUUGCCAACGCCAAACCUUGGAGGAGAUGAACAAGAAGCUCCAACAAGACCUCUCUAUCAAGAACGAGGAACUGGCCAGGGUGACUCAAGAAAGAGAUCUUCUGAGGCAUCAACUAGAGAGGCUGACGCAAAGCGGCGCCGAAAGUGGGUACAGCAGUAUGAAUAGCAGCAUGAACCUCAAUUCGGAUGGUCAAAGUUCGCCGGAAAUAUACCUAUGA